UGAUUAUGACAUGCUACACUGCAAGUUAUCUAAUUCUAGCUAGUAACUAACCAUGGUAGAAGGCCAAAGGGAAGAAGAAAAAGAAGAACAACAACAACCCAAAAGAAGUAUGAAGAAAGCCCUUCUGGUACUAAACUCCAUCCUCUUAUCCAUAGGCACCUCCGGCGGCCCACUCGUGAUGCGUCUCUACUUCAUCCACGGCGGCAAACGCAUGUGGCUCUCAAGCUUCCUUGAAACCGCUGCCUUCCCCAUCAUUCUCCUUCCCCUAACAAUCUCCUACCUCCACCGCCGCCACUCAACACCCGCCACAAAACCAAAGCUCUUCUCCAUGAAACCACCUUUAUUCCUGGCCUCGGCAGUCAUCGGCAUCCUCACCGGCCUUGAUGACUACCUCUACGCCUGUGGGGUAGCUCGCCUUCCCGUGUCGACAUUCUCUCUGAUUCAAGCCUCCCACCUCGCCUUCACCGCCGUCUUCGCGUACCUUCUAGUGAGGCAUAAGUUUACGGCGUACUCAGUGAAUUCCAUCGUGUUGCUGACCCUUGCUGCGGUGGUUUUGGGUAUCCGUUCGGGCGGGGAUCGUCCCGCCGGUGAGUCGACUCGGGAGUACGUGAUAGGGUUUGUUAUGAUAGUGGCGGCUGCGGCUUUGUAUGGGUUUGUUUUGCCGUUGAUGGAGUUGGUGUACAAGAAGACCAAACAAGUUGUUACUUACCAUCUGGUUAUGGAGAUUCAGCUCGUUAUGUGCUUCUUUGCUACUUUGUUCUGCACUGUUGGGAUGAUCAUAAACAAUGACUUCAAGGUGAUUCCAAGAGAAGCGAGGGAAUAUGAGCUUGGGGAAACUAAGUACUAUAUUGUGCUAGUGUGGAGUGCUAUAAUGUGGCAGUUUUUCUUCUUGGGAGCUAUAGGUGUUAUCUUCUGCGCUUCCUCGUUGUUGUCUGGCAUUACAAUUGCUGCGAUUCUUCCUGUUACUGAAGUGUUAGCUGUUAUUAUAUACAAAGAGAAUUUCCAAGCAGAGAAGGGGCUUGCUUUGGUGCUCUCUCUUUGGGGUUUUGUAUCCUACUUUUAUGGUGAGUUCGAAGAAGCCAGGAAAAAGAAGGAAAUAGAGUUGCCUCAAAGUUUUCAUCUGAAUAAUACGUGAUUGCAUUUCACUGUCAGCUGGUUUUGAAUUGUCAAUAUUAUUACAGGCCAGUUUUGGCCCCAGUUUGACUAAAUCCACAAAAGGACAAAGUCAUAUCGUUACCCUUUCAAGCUGUGGAAAUAUUUGUCCAGAUACAAACAUAGUAACAUUCCACUGUUCAUGUUUAGUACUACCAGUAGUCAAAAGGUUUGAGUAUGAUCUUUGAUAUUGUGUAAACUAUGGAUAAGGGAUGGUUGAUAGUCAGAAUUAUCGUCGCAAAAUGAUCUCAACCUCAAAUCAUUGUGGCUGUGGCAAUCAUAACAGAUACAUAUGAAAAUAUAAUAUAAAAGUAUUCAUAUGUUUGUUUUCA